CUUUUGCUGUCACGAAUAUUUGCGUUUAAGAAAAAAAAUUAGAAAGUCAUCAUAUGCCAACGAGAGACAGGACAUUGCUUAGUCCAGCUCAGUUUUCGUAUCUACAGUUAUGCUUACAAAAAUCUCUAUUAAAUAAUCGAACUUCUGAUAACAAUGAAACUAAUCAGAAUUAUUCUCAGAUAUUUGAUCGGUCGUAACAUCGUAGCUACCUACCACAAGACAACAUGACUCAAGAGGAGCAGAAGAAGGUCACAGAGCCCAAAACCAACGCGUCGGACUCAACACCGCCGUCCACGGAGGAGAAGUCAGACGAUUCCAAAGCUAUUGUUCUCGUCGUCGCUGCAAAAGAGCCUGCGGAAGAGAAGAAAGAAGGUUCAGUUCACCGAGAUGCUGUUUUGGUAAGGCUCGAGCAAGAUAAGAGGAUCUCUCUCAUCAAAGCUUGGGAAGAGGCCGAGAAAUCCAAAGUGGAGAACAAAGCUCAAAAGAAGCUUUCGUACGUUGGAGCUUGGGAAAACAGCAAGAAAGCUUCUGUAGAAGCUGAGCUAAAAAAGAUCGAGGAGCAACUACUAAAGAAGAAAGCAGAGUACGCAGAGAAAAUGAAAAACAAAAUAGCUCGAAUCCACAAGGAAGCUGAAGAGAAGAGAGCUAUGGCCGAAGCUAAACGCGGAGAAGAUGUUCUCAAAGCCGAAGAAAUGGCCGCAAAGUACCGCGCCACAGGAACCGCUCCAACCAAGCUAUUUGGAUUGUUCUGAUUUAUAUGUGAUCAAUGGAUUUUGAAGGUUACUAAAUGAUUAUUUGUGGCUUAGGAGUUGGUUGGUGUGGGUUUAAUUUGGUUACAUAGCAAGAUACAAAGUCAUUAUGUAACCAUGUUUUACUGUGUUUUAAUUUGUUAUUCAUUUGUACCUUGUACAGCUUUUUUUUCAUAAAAAAGGGCCUCUUUUGAAAUUUCUAGAUGUAAAAAAGUGUUGUACAAUUUUAAUAUUAGUAAAAAUAA